CACAAAAAAUGUGCGGGAGUGCACCAACCAGGAUCCGCCAACAAGGACGAUGGGAUUUGCAUAGACAUUGGCUGCUCGGUUGACCGUUGGCAUGUCACUCUCAGUUUUCACGCAUUGACAAAUCGGAGCAAUCAUCGUCUUCUUCUUCUUCUUCUCUCGAUGCGCCGGGGCUAGGACUAUCUCUAUUGGUCUUAUAGAUUUUGUCUGGAGAUCUUUUGAGCUCUUGUUGGUUGUGUAUUGACCUAGUUCGAUCAAUUUUGAGAAGAGAUAGGGUUUCUCUCGCAUGUAAAAGAGAUGGAUUCCACGGGUAUUGAUGGCGGUGGCGAAGGAGUGAGUUUAAUAGAAAGAGAACGGUCUCAUGUGGUGGAAUUAGCGGCGUCGACCGAAGGUUCCGAUCCAGUUUCGGAGGACCAGAUAACUCCUCUUUUGACGCAAUCAGACAAGCCCAAACUCAGUAUAUUUACCGUCUCGUACCCUAAGCGAAAAAACAACAAGGACCAAAUUGCAAGAUUAAUUGAAACGGAGACAUCGCCAUUUACACAGUUUAUAAUAUGGAUAUGGGGCGGAUCUAGGUAUUCCGGUAUGCUAAGCAUGGUUUUAUCAUCUUCUAUCUACUUCAUCAUGGAAGUUCUUCAGGAUGUUGGCUCUGCUCAAGCAAUUCCUCUUUUUGAGAUAGCAUUUACAAGAUGUGUAAUCAUCUCCAUAUUAUCAUAUAUGUGGUUAAGAAGAAGUGGAGAACCAAUAUUUGGACCUCCAAAUGUCAGGAAUCUUUUAGUUUCAAGGGCUCUUACUGGAUGUAUAUCUUUGUUAACUUUCAUUUACAGUGUUAAGAGAUUACCUAUGUCUCAAACUAUGAUAUUAAGCUUUACAACUCCAGUUAUGGCUUCAAUCGCAGCACGCUUCAUUUUGCAUGAGAAUUUGAAAUUAGCAGAAUUAGCAGGUAUUGGUUUCAGUUUUUUUGGUGUGCUCUUUAUACUUGGAUCACCUAUCAGCAUACAAGAAGUUUCAGGAGAAGGUGGAGGUGUCCAUGGAGUAGGCCAUGUUUUUGCAGUUUUGAUUGGUUCAUUAUCAUCAUUGGCUGGUGGAAUAAGUUACUGCCUUAUAAGGGCUGCAGCAAAAGCCUCUGACCAACCUAUGGGUACUGUAUUUGCAUUUGGCCUUCUCUCUAGUCCUGUUGCAGCAAUAUGCAUGAUCGCCACCCAAGAGUUUGUGCUUCCUAGCUUCUAUUCUUUCAUUCUUAUGAUUGUUCUCAGCAUAUUGGCCUUUUUUGCUGAGUUAUUUCUGGCACGUGGGCUUCAACUUGAAAAAACCAGCAAAGUUGCAAAUAUUCAAUACCUUGAGGUGGCUUUAUUUGAGUUAUGGGGAAUGGGAUCUUCACGAGUGAUUGUGUCAUUUGGUAAAUUUGUUGGAUGCUUUCUUGUAUUUGUUUCAGCUUUUUGUACCAUUUAUUUUGGACCAGAGAAAGAGAUAGAGAUGGAGUGACAUCAGCAUGUCUUACAAAGGUUAGCCAUGCCAUCAUGUCACCACCCAUUUUUGUUUUUGUAAACAUUUAUUUUUUCUGAAAGAAACAAUAUACCAACCAUAAUCAGAUAUAUAUAGAAACAAAUUUGGUCUAUAGCUGUAAUUAUAAUAUUAUUUACAUCAC